GUCCACUUCCGCUGUGCGCAAGUUCUCACGCUGACACUUCCACGUUCGCGCAUUAGUAGCGGUCUUUCUUCUUCGAAGCGACGCUGAACUCGGAAAAUACAAGCGCGCAUUUCCACAGCAGACGCGCGGGUUCCGGUCGGCGGUCUCAGCUCGGAGAGAGACGAGGGCGGAGUGCAGAGAGAAGAUGAACACGGUGCUGUCGCGCGCGAACUCGUUGUUCGCCUUUUCCCUCAGCGUGAUGGCAGCGCUCACCUUCGGCUGCUUCAUCACCACCGCCUUCAAGGAGCGCACCGUCCCGGUGCACAUCCACGUCUCCAAAGUGUUGCUGAAAAACGUGGAUGACUUCACCGGCCCGAGGGAACGUAGUGACCUGGGCAUCAUCAACUUUGACAUUUCAGCUGAUCUGGAGCCCAUAUUCGAUUGGAAUGUGAAGGAGCUCUUCCUUUACCUGUCGGCAGAGUACACAACCAAAAGCAACGCCUUGAACCAAGUGGUCCUCUGGGAUAAGAUCAUUCAGAGAGGGGAGAAAACAAAUAUCAUUUUGAAGGAUGUCAAAUCCAAAUAUUUCUUCUUUGAUGAUGGCAACGGUCUCCGGGCCAAUAAGAACGUCACCCUGACGUUGUCCUGGAAUGUGGUGCCAAAUGCUGGAAUCCUGCCUCUAAUCACAGGCUCCGGGCACAUGUCGCUGCCUUUCCCGGAGACGUACGAAACCCCGAGGAGCUACUGAGGUCUUUUUUUUUUUUUUUUUUUUUUUUUUUUUUUUAACGCGCGCACUGUUUUUGACUUUUAAUAAAGGUUACACCAGGUGUUGUGAGUGGAUGUAUUUGUUUGACUUUAAAUACAUGGCCAGUUUUUUUCCCCCCUCCCCUUUAGAGUCACUCGGCUGACACGUUUGUCCUACUCAACUUGACACUCAAUUUGUUUCUAAAAUAAAAUAAGUUGUCAGCGAGGCUCUCCUCUUUCUCACCAGCAGGUGUCAGCAGAACUCUUGGCGAGAUCAUUUGCGUGCCAGUUCCUUACAAAUGACAGGAACGGUGGAAAAAUGUGUUUUUACCUUAGUGUGCGUGUCUGGUAGGGGGUGAAUGAGGAAGAAGUUAGGAAUGUUUUUUGUCGAGGCAGAUGGAAAGACCAUCAUCCUCAUCCUAUUUUGAUUGAAAAAGCUCAGAUGUGGCGAGUGAACCUUUGGUGAGUCUGCGCAACGGGCUCCUCCACAUUCAGGGCAUCUGUUGCAGCAACCCAGUGAUUGUAUUUUCAUGCUGUGUAUAUAUUCCAGUCAGAAGGAGCAUGUCAAGCUCGCUCUACUGAACGUUAAGCGGUCCAGGUUUGCUCACACCCUGCCAAGAACACUGUCAGAAUAUGACAAACGAUGUAAAAGUGGUUCUGUUCGCUGCCGAAUGGCUGAAACAUGCAGAAGCAGGUAUGUUGCUAACUCUGCAAUGAUAAUCGUGAAAUGAGGAAAAUACCAAUGCUUGAAAUUUUGAAUGUGAAGCCAUAAAAAUGGCAGUUUUUAGAGUGAUCAUAGGAACAGAGCCGUUGCAAUCAGUAGCGCAACCGAUAGAUGUUCACUGAUAGGUUAUAUGGGACCUAUGUUUUUGUUCAAAAUGACAAAACUUCACUGCUAUGUGGAACAUGUAUGACACACGUGGUGCUUCUCCGGGUAAACGGCUUUGAUCGGUGAGUCUGGGGCAGCAACGCAGUAGCGGAACCCUAGUGAGAGUUUCAAUGAUGUCUCGAUUGUUUUGUUGAUACCUUGAAUUUACAGCUUAUGGGAUGUAUUUAUUGUCCAUCUGUGCUGCAGCGGCCCAUUGGUUUUUUUUUAUUAUUAAAU